AUGGGUCCUUUGUUUCAGACAAUAAUCGCGUUUCGUGGCGCCCUCUUCUUCGGAAAGCAGCUCUGUACAUUCCAACGAGUUUCGUGUAGGUUAGCGAUGAUUCCUGCAAAGGAAAAUAUAGCGAAACAGGCAGAAUGGACUCCGGGCUCCAGAGUGCCAUAUUUGGAAUUGGCGAACGUGCUUACAAAUAUUGAAGCAGAAACGAAGAGGCUGAAGAUUAUUGACGAACUGGCAAGAUUUUAUUCGAAAGUAAUUGAUUACUCACCGGAUGAUCUAUUGGCUUGUGUGUACCUGUGCGUGAAUCAACUCGGACCUGCGUAUGAAGGUAUAGAGCUUGGAAUUGCUGAGCACACGAUUAUAAAGGCAGUUGCUCAGGCGACAGGCCGAACUGUAGAUAAAAUCAAGGAAGAUAUGCAGAAAAAGGGUGAUCUGGGUAUAAUAGCUCAACAGUCUCGACAAAACCAGACCUCUCUAUGCAAAGCGUUUGGAUUUACUCCCAAGCCACAUACCGUUCAAUCUGUGUUUGCCAAAUUGACGGAUAUUGCGAAGCUUGCUGGUGCAGCGGUGAAAAUAUAUCCUCAAUCUUUGAAACAUGUUCAGAAUGUUUGA